AUGUCUUGUCCACACGACUUCGAUUGGCAUGCGCCAGAUGCUCGGGCCAAUGGACAUAAGCGCACCGCUGGAACACCACAGAAUGUCCCCGGUCUCCUUAACAACACGUCGAACUUGGCCUUGCUCGGCCAUGCUGCAGCUUCAUCCCAAGAAUUGCUUAACCAGGGAUAUCCGGGAGCUGCUGGAGAUCCGGAAUGGUACCUGGGAAGCCUGAGUUGGUUGUCUGACGAGACGCCGUUUGGCCAGUCUUCAAACGGGCACGAUGAGGCAACUGGUCAUCAAGACACUCAUCAUUCGAUUGACGUCCCUCCAUUGGAUUCCAAUGCCGGCUCAUCUGCUCAGGUCCCUCACAUACCAACGGCUGGACCAAGUGGCAGUUCUCGACGACGCACCACCAGUCUCAAAGAACGCAGGAGCGAUGCGGUAACCGGCGCCGGACCCGUGAAAUGUGAAUGGAAGGGCUGUACGUAUCCCGAUGUCUUUUCUCGACGGAUCGAACUGAAGCGACACGUUGAGACAAAGCAUAUUUUCCCGAGAUCUUACGAGUGCCCGGAGCCGGGCUGCCAGAAGUUAUUCAAUCGGGGAGAUAAUCUGCGCCAGCAUUUGCAUCGGAUGCAUUGA